AUGAUGACCUUCGUGACCCGCGUCCUGCUGAUCGCAGUCUGCAACGAGGUGACCCACGCGAAAACGCUCCACCCGGAUUCGCCCGGCAUCACCACCAUCUCCAAGGCCUUCCGCGAGCAAAACGCCACCGACUUGCUCGCCAGCCCACGAUAUGACGGCUGCCCGCUUGGCUCUUGCGAAUGCAGGUUGUGGUCCGAUGGAUAUUACUGCUUGUGUGCGGACAAUUGCGACUUCCUUGCGUGCGAUGUUUACACCUAUGAUGGAGUCGAGAUCACGUGCUCUUCGGGGUCGAGCUCCGGAACCUGCUCUUCCGGAUGCUACUCAAGCUGGCCAGGCGACGGAGAGUGCGACGCCGUCUGUAACAACGCGGCUUGCAAUUACGAUGGAGGAGACUGCAGCGGAACCUGCUCCACGGGAUGCUACUCAAACUGGCCAGGCGACGGAGAGUGCGAUGCCGUCUGUAACAACGCGGCUUGCAAUUACGAUGGAGGAGACUGCAGCGGUGGCGGUGGCGGCGGUGGCGGUGGCGGUGGCGGCGGCGGCGGCGGUGGCGGUGGCGGUGGCGACUCCUCCUGCUUCGCCAAGGAGUCCACGACUGUGUGCCGCUUCGCGUCGCCAGAGGCCGAGUGCCAGGACGAGCUCAUGGCCAACCUGGCCGUCGGUGACUACGUCCUCGGGCGCGACGGAAUGACGCGAGUGAUCGCCGUCCAGCACAAGGCCAACGACAUCAUCUCCGAGAUGCUCACCUUCCACACCGGCGGCCGCGCCGUCUCGAUGACGGCCGAUCACGGCGUUUUUGUCGACGGCAAGCUCGUUGCUGCCGGCGAGGCCAAGGUGGGUUCGACCCUGUCCACGGGCACCAUCCAGCGCAUCACCAAGAGCAAGGCGCGCAUCAUCAACGCCGUCACGGCCGAUGGGACAGUUAUCGCCGAUGGCGUCCUCGCCGCCUCCAACCCAGCGUGGCUCGCCGCGCUCACCAUCGACGCGCCUUGGACGCGAGCUGUCGCCAACGCCCUUGUCCUCGCCGCCGGCGACGUCGACUCGAUCGGAGAGGGCGCCGUGGCCGUCCUCGGAGAGGUGGCCGCCAGCCUCGCCGUCGCGGCGUUCAUGGCCAAGGCGGGCAAGUGA